AUGAUGAGAAGUAACUACUAUUUGCUGUUUUUCUUAUGUAUCUCAUCUGUUGAAGCCUCGCACUUUCGUGGUGGUGCGUUCAGUUAUAAACCAUCGUUGAACACAACGACGAAUAGUACGGUUGAUAUUAUCAUUACACAAAGUUAUUCAUGGUUACGAACAGCGUUGAAUUGUUAUUGUAACACAACAUCAAUAUUAAACCAUACAUCCAUUGGUGAUUACGGUACUUUGACGUGCAUUUCAUCAUCAGAUUGUGGUGGAUAUUCAAAUAAUGUUCUAACGCAAGUUCAAUGUAAGUUGUUCUGUGAUAUCAUUCUAUCGUCUAUCAAAUUUAGUGCUGUUUCGGCUGAUUUAGGUACUGAUUUUAGUACUACACAAGUCGUAUCAACUGGUCGUCGUAGUGAUAAGAUAUCGUUAACUAUGGGUGCACAAUUUAUACUUGGCUAUCAAAGUUCAUGUUGGUUAUUUUUACAAGUUGUGGGUACAUGUGUCCCGUGGAGCAUUGUCACCUAUAUUAAUCUUCAACUACGUCCAGAUGGUAACCUAAAUACUCCACCAGUAUCAAAUAUUCUGUCGGUGAUCGCCGUUCCACUUAAGACACUGGAAACUAUCAGCGUUCCAAUGGCAGAUGGCGACAAUGAUUAUGUUCGUUGUCGAUGGGCAAGUAAUAAUAAAAGUAUAGCAAAUAUUACCACAACAACAAUCAAUGAAUGUGGAGGUGUUUGCCAAUCACUUCCGAAUUCCACACUCUUUUCGCCUAACAAUAAUUGUACGUUGUUAUUUCAAGAAGCAACUAUUGGAUAUUAUGCAGUUGCAUUGCAGAUUGAAGAUUUCUACACAUCAUCCAGUGUUGUACCUCUCAGUUCUGUGCCUUUACAAUUUCUUAUCUACAUAUAUGCUCCGUCAAAUAGUUGCAUACUUAUCCCAACAAUUCUCAAUACAAUAACUAUAAUUUAUGUCGAACCCAAUGUUCCAUAUACCGGACAAAUUUUAGCACAGGCUAACUGCAACAACACAAAUAUCAGCGAUUUCUUAACCACAUCACCCAUUGGAAUGCUCCGUUCUUCGGUGGUGCAACAACAAUCUUCGAUCUAUUCAAUUGAUUUAAGUUGGACGCCGACGGACGAUCAAUUUGGACCACAAGUCUUUUGUUGCGCUGCUAUCGAUAGUUAUCUGGCCCAAUCACAGCAAUUCUGCAUUACAUUUAUCGUUGGUGUUUUUACAACGACAGCUAUUGCAACAACAAGUCAAUCGAACGCUGAUAUUGAUUGGUUACCGUUGAAACUCGGUUUAGGUUUGGGCUUACCAAUAGUGUUAUUGAGUACAAUAGCAACAUGUUGUUAUUGGUUGCUACUAUCAUCAAAACGCGCAGCGAACUUACAGUCAGACAAUAAUAAAAAUCUCUAUCGUCAACAAUAUAUUCGAAAUGAAAACGAACUAGAGCGAAAAAGCUCAUCAGAUGAGUUUCUGCUUUCUAGUUCAUUGUCAACGUUUGGAUUGAAUAGUUAUCGGUCAUCGUCAUUUUCAGCACAAAGUGCUCGAUUCGUUACAACAUCAACCGACAGUAUGACGUCUCCUAUGUGGCACAUAAGCUCACCAUUAACGUCAUUAGAUGACUCCGUAUUAGGACGAGCCUAUUCACAACAGUUGACCAGAGACAGUCGUCUCAGUAGCCCGAGACCUGCUUGGUAA